UUUUUUUAAUGGAGCUAUUUCUCAGAAAAGUUCCAAGUAAGAGACCAUAAAGAAGAAUAAGGAUGAUGGAGGAGAAACAGAAGCUUCCAGAAACCUCAGUGGUCAACCUGGUGCAUGUAUUUGAGAACUUCAGGCCCUGUUGCAGUCCUGAGAAAGAGCACAUCCUUCCCCAAUCUAGGUUACUAACAACUCCAAGUCCUAUGGUACCUUCCAUGCUGCCAUUGGUGACAGGUGAAAGAGCCAUCGGAGACAUUAAGAAAGUUUCAGUUAUACAGCCUGGACAGGUGCACUGUGACACAAAGUCUCUAGAGCAGCAACAGCAAGCUCCUAAAAUGCUGCCUGUCAAAUGUCUCAGCUCUUUUCGAGGAAAGAUCACUGUCGGCAGUUGGAGGCCAAAACAAGUCUCAGAUUCUCAGCCAAACUUCAUCAUGCAGUCUGGAAGCAGCAAGAAUCAGGAAGCAGAGGAGAAAAAAAUAGCUUUGGAGCUGCUGGAAACUGAACAGGCCUAUGUGGUUCGCCUUCAUCUUCUAGACCAGGUUUUUUUCUCAGAGCUAAUUAAAGAAGCCAAAACUACAAAGGCAUUUCCGGAAGAUGUAGUAAAAAUGAUCUUCUCUAAUAUCUCCUCCAUUUACCAGUUCCAUUCCCAGUUUUUCUUGCCAGAGCUGAAAAAGCGUAUGGAAGGCUGGGAUUCCAAUCCCAGAAUUGGGGAUAUCAUCCAGAAAGUGGCUCCUUUCCUGAAGAUGUAUAGUGAAUAUGUGAAGAACUUUGACAAGGCAAUGCAUCUGAUCACUGUGUGGUCGGAAAAAGCCUUGCCAUUCCAGGAACUCAUCUCAAACAUUCAGAAACAGGAAGUAUCGGCUAAUUUAACCUUGCAGCAUCACAUGUUGGAACCAAUACAGAGAAUUCCCAGAUAUGAACUCCUCCUGAAGGAUUAUAUUCAAAAACUACCUUUGGAAUCACCAGACAAGGAAGAUGCACAGAAAGCUUUGGAAAUGAUUUUCACAGCAGCCAAACAUUCUAAUGUUGCCAUCGCUGAAAUGGAAAGACUCCAGAACCUAUGGGAAGUAUAUCACAGGCUAGGCCUUGAUGAUGACAUUGUUGAUCCUUCUAAUGAAUUUAUUAAAGAAGGACCCAUUCAGAAAAUCUCUUUCCGGUUCAACAGUACCUCAGAGAGAUAUCUGUUCCUGUUUAAUAACCUGCUAUUGUACUGUGUACCAAAAGUCAUUCAAGUGGGUGCCGAAUUUCAAGUGCGCCACCGGAUUGAUGUCAAUGGCAUGAAGGUUCGAGAACUAAAUGAUGUACAGUUUCCUCAUGCUUUCCUUGUGUCAGGAAAGCAGCGCACCCUAGAGCUGCAAGCUAGGUCCCAGGAGGAGAUGAAUGUCUGGAUUAAGACCUUCCAGUCUGCCAUCAACAAGAAAGAAAAGAGGAGCGAAACCUUCAAGGCUGCAAGCCAAGGGCAAGAAGCAGAGACACCAGACUCCAGUCAGGGCCAGUCACAAGAGCUGGGCAAAUGGGCUCCUCAGUGGGUAAGAGACAAGCUGGUCACCAUGUGCAUGCGCUGCAGAGAGCCGUUCAAUGCUAUCACACGCAGAAGGCAUCACUGCCGAGCUUGUGGCUAUGUGGUGUGUGCCCGGUGUUCUGAAUACAAGGUUGAAUUGCAAUAUGACAAGAAUGGACUCAGACGAGUCUGUGCGGAAUGCUAUGCCUUCCUAAAAGGGAAUUUGCUGCCCGUCGAGCAGCAUGGGAAGCCCAAAGGCAUUCUGGAGAAAGAAUCAGCAGAAAUAUCAGGCCAGAGCCUGAUAUGCAGUUUUCUGCAGCUGAUGGAUAAGAAUGGAAAAGGGAGCAUGCGUGGCUGGUUUGUGAUCCCACAAGAUGAUCCACUGGUGUUGUAUAUUUAUGCUGCACCUCAGGAUGUCAAAGCCUAUGCCUCUAUCCCCCUGUUGGGUUACCAUGUCAAGGAGCCAUAUCAGAAUAAUCCCCGUCACAUCUUCCAGUUGGUACAAUCCAAACAGACCUAUACCCUGGUUGCUGAAACUGAAGAACUGAAGCAGCGCUGGAUGAAAGCCAUUGAACAGUCAGCCAGGGGGGGAGAAGAAGAAGAAGAUUCAUGUGAUGAACUGGAAUAA